AUGGAUCUGGAGGAGACAUACAAAGAGGGAGAGAAUACGGAGGGGAAAAUUACUCGAGCUGCAGCUGCGAAGUUGGUGAAAAAGGCUUUUCUCGAAGCCCUGAAGUCCAAUGACUUUGAAACACUGGAAGAGCUCUUGAGCCAAAGGAAAAUAGACGUGGACACGGUGUUUGAAGUGGAAGAUGAAAACCUGGUUCUGGCAUCCUACAAACAAGGGUACUGGCUGCCUAGCUACAAAUUAAAAAUAUCCUGGGCAACUGGACUUCAUCUAGCUGUCAUGUAUGGACAUCUGGAGAGUCUUUCGGUCCUCCUCAAUCACAAAGCUACAAUCAACUGCCGGCCGAAUGGAAAAGCUGCAAUCCACGUAGCGUGUGAAAUGGCAAAUGUUGAGUGUCUCAAGAUCCUUUGCAACCACGGAGCUAAGCUGAACUGCUUUUCAAUGAGUGGGCAGGCGCCCUUGCACUUCUGUACGACACGAACCUCCAUGCCUUGUGCCCAGCAGCUGGUUUGGAGAGGAGCAAAUGUGAACAUAAAAACAAACGACCAAGAUGAGGAGACUCCUCUGCACAUCGUUGCGCGUUUGGGUAUCCCGGAGCUCGUGGCCUUUUACGUGGAACAAGGAGCGCACGUUGAUGCUCUCAAUGCCUACAUGGAGACUCCCCUGGCCUGUGCAGCCUAUUGGGCCCUGCACUAUAAGGAUCAGAUAUACAGCCCGGAUCACCACCUCAUCUGUCGGAUGCUCUUAGACUAUAAAGCUGAAGUGAAUGCUCGUGAUGAAGAUUUCAAAUCACCACUCCACAAAGCUGCCUGGAACUGUGAUCAUGUCCUGCUGCAUAUGCUGCUGGAGGCAGGAGCAGAAGCAAACAUCAUGGAUGUCAAUGGCUGUGCACCCCUACAGUAUAUCAUAAAAGUGACAUCUGUGCGGCCAGCUGCCCAGCCUGAGAUCUGCUACCAGCUGCUACUGAAUCAUGGAGCAGCUAGGAUCUAUCCUCUGCAAUUCCACAAGGUGCUACAAGCCUGUCAUUCCUACCCCAGAGCUGUGGAGGUUGUCGUCAAUACCUACGAACACAUCAAAUCAACAUCUAAGUGGAAAGCAGCCAUACCUGACGACGUCUUUGAGCGGCACCAGGAUUUCUAUGACUCUUUGUUCACUGUGUGCAGCAAUUCACCACGGUCACUCAUGCAUUUAUGCAGAUGUGCUAUUCGGGCGAUAUUGUCGGAAAGGUGCCACCGAGCAGUCCCCUUGCUCUCCAUCCCCCUGUCCAUGAAGAAGUACUUGCUGCUGGAACCAGAAGGAAUCAUCUACUGA